UAUAUAAACCUUGGUCACUGUGGAAGUAACCACACUAGUUGCACAACAAUAAUUCAAAGAUGUACCAAGUCUUCGUCAGCUUACUAGUAGCGUUUGCACUCCUGGGAGUCAUCCCCCAGACAACAUCAAGUCAGAUCUACGGAUAUGGACAAGUUAUCCCCAACUUGUUGGACAUCCUAGUGCCCCAACAGAUGCUCGACUAUUACCCACAAAGACCCAAUGAUUUCGGCCGUUCCGGAGACCAGUUUCGCCAAGGAUAUCAAUCGCCGCCGCCGCAGCCGCCGCAGGAAAAGGAAUGUCCCGUCCCGAAUACGGACAAUACAGUUCCAUCCAGGGUUCCAUCCAAUGAUCAACCUAUAAAUCUCACUCCACAUGAGCCGGCGCCGACGGCAGCGCCACACGUUCCACCUGCGCCGCACGUUACCCCUGCGCCACACGUUACACCCAAGCCACCGCCAAAAAAGGUGUGCACGUGCCCACCGGAUCAAUAUUGAAUUGUUAAUCCACCCCGUCAAAGACACAACAACAAAUAUGUUUGCAAAGGCUCGAGUUGUGUCUGAGAUUGACUUAUAUAAAUUUUUCCUAGGAAAAGUAAUUGGGUACCUACAACUAUGAAAUGAUUAUUAAUAUAUUAUUAAUAUGAUUUUAUUGAUCUAAUAAUAAAGCUUUAUUAUAUGAUA